CUCUUCUUCUUCUUCUUCUUCUUCUUCUUCUUCUUCUUCUUCAAUCCUUAAUCAAUCCAGUUCCUUCUUCUAUCAGCCAUGGGUGUUCUUGCUGACAGUGGCUCAGCUCCGUCGCUCAAGUUCUUGAUUUACGGCCGUACCGGCUGGAUUGGCGGUUUGCUUGGGAAGAUCUGUGAACAACAGGGAAUUCAUUUCGCUUAUGGCUCUGGCCGCCUCGAGAACCGUGUCUCCCUUGAGGCCGACAUCGACGCCGUUAAGCCCACUCAUGUCUUCAACGCCGCUGGAGUCACUGGUCGCCCGAAUGUCGACUGGUGCGAAUCGCAUAAGGUCGAGACCAUUAGAACCAAUGUGGUUGGAACCUUGAGUUUGGCCGAUGUGUGCCGUGAGAGAGGGUUGAUCUUGAUUAAUUACGCUACUGGAUGCAUUUUCGAGUACGAUUCGGCGCAUCCUCUCAAUUCCGGGAUUGGAUUCAAGGAGGAUGAAAUCCCUAACUUCAUUGGAUCGUUUUAUUCCAAGACUAAAGCUAUGGUGGAGGAUCUGCUGAAGAACUAUGAGAAUGUGUGCACCUUGCGCGUUCGGAUGCCCAUAUCCUCUGACUUAUCUAAUCCUCGCAACUUCAUUACGAAGAUAACCAGAUACGAGAAGGUUGUCGACAUCCCGAACUCGAUGACGAUCUUGGACGAACUCCUCCCGAUCUCAAUCGAAAUGGCGAAAAGAAACCUCACUGGAAUAUGGAACUUCACCAACCCGGGAGUGGUGAGCCACAAUGAGAUCUUGGAGAUGUACAAGCAAUUCAUUGACCCCAAUUUCACAUGGAAGAACUUCACUCUGGAGGAGCAAGCCAAAGUGAUCGUCGCUCCACGGAGCAACAACGAGCUCGAUGCAACCAAGUUGAAGAAUGAAUUCCCUGAACUCCUAUCCAUCAAGGAGUCCCUAAUCAAGAAUGUCUUCAAGCCAAAUCAGAAAACCUCUGCAGCUUAAGAUCAUUGGUAUUCCUGAUCCAUAUGUCAUCUUCUUUGUGUUUCUCCUUAGCCACUUCCAUUGAUUCGAAUCUUUGACGACGAGUUCUCGAAUAUCAAAGCUUUCCCCUUGAUUUCCCAUACAACAUAGAAGCUUGAUUAUUAUCCAUAUUUGAAUACCAUAUCUAUUAUUUUGUUCAUCAUUUGAAUAAAAGUAGCUUGAAAUCCUAUGUAGAACAAGAUGUAGCAUAUUGGUAUCUGUAACUUUGCUGAUUUGGGUAUAAUAUAUUACUGAGAACUUAUGUGUUUCAUGAGUAAGGAUUUCUAUAUUACAGGUUGAAAUUGUUCUUGAA